UCACACAUACAGAGUGUGUAUGUGUGUGAAUGUAGACUGAGGUGAAACCAGUGACAGAGUGAUGGUCUGGGAAAGAAGAAGAGAUAGAAAACAGCAGCAGCAGCAGCAGUAACUUUCACAGUGAAAAAGAAAAAAGCAAACUUUGAAGAAAAUCUUCUCCAAAACCUGUCUUGAAAGAAUGUGAAGCAAAGAGUGGAGUUUUUGGUGCACAAAUAACCUGAGCCAAAAUAUUUUUCAAUCAAGAAUGAAGUUGGUAUAUAUCUACUAUGUCUUUGUUGUCUUUUCUAUAAGACAAGGCCAGUUAUUAAUUGGAGCCACAACACAAAACUGUCCAGCUAUUUGCAAAUGUACACAAAAACCAACAGUCGCUUGGUGCAGAGAAAUACCAACCAAUAUGACGAAUUUUACUUCAACACUCACAGAACUUCACCUGACCAAUAUUAACCUUGGCCCCACACUUUCCCAAAAUUUUCCUCCAAUGCCUAAGUUGGAAUUACUAGAUCUUUCCAAAAAUGGUAUCUACCUCUUAGGCAGUAAAAUUUUACACCACCUUCCUAACUUGAAAACUUUGAUCUUGAAAGAGAAUAUGGUAUCCACAUUGGCACCAUCAUUUUUUGAGCAGAAUACAAAACUGGAAUAUCUUGAUUUGAGCAAAAAUAAAUUUUCAGCACUACCAGACCAUUGUAUGAAAUAUCUGAGAAAACUGAAGGUUUUCAAUAUUAGUUACAAUAUACUGACAAGCCCUUCUCUUAUGCUGGGAUUUCAACAAACUAAAAAUUUACAAGUCAUUGAUUAUUCUCAAAACAAAUUCCACUACUUUGCCCCUGACACUUUCCUUUUCUCUGACCAAUGGAAUAGAGGUAUAGGGAGGCAUAUCAAUCUAUCAUACUGUAACAUCAAAAACAUAUAUCCAAAAGUCUUUGAAAAUUUUCCAGAUCUAGUCUCCCUUUCUCUGUCUGGAAAUCCAUUAAUUCUAAGGGAAAACUUAACAUUGCUCUUGGCAAACAUACAAAACAGCUCGUCACUUAAGAAACUGGAUUUGUCUUUUCUAAAUUACCCUACUAUCACCUCUGCAUUUGCCGACUUGCAACAGAUCACCAUCAAAGAACUUGAUUUGUCAGGGAAUAAAAUAGAUUCUAUAGAAGCAAUUUCUUUGCAGUAUUUGUCAACACUGCACAUUUUCAAAGUCAACAGAAACAAACUGAAAACUCUAAAUGGAUUGGUUAGACUUGGUAAUUUACGCUACCUUGAUAUCUCUUAUAACCAAAUAAACAAACUGCACAUAGAUUAUGUUAAAACUUUCUUCAAGAUGGAACAUUUCAUUGGUCACCACAACAAGCUGCUUACAGUAAGCCGUGAGGAACUCUUAGAGUGGAAAGGUCUGCGUUACUUGGAUAUUAGCCACAAUAAAUUGGAAAUGUUGAAUCUGCCUAUGGUGUCCAGCCUAGAAACUCUGUACGUUAGCCACAACAAACUGAGAUCUCUGUUGUUCCCUGUCGGAACAAUGGCACUGAAGACUAUUGAUGCCAGCAACAAUAAACUAACAUCAAUGGUGCCAUUUCAGUUCUCUGGAAUGCAACAUAUACAUUUGGUUAAUUAUAGUUGUAAUGAUAUUACGAUGAUACAUGAACAGACGUUUAAGGGAUACACACCAAAGAAAAUAGAUUUAUCAGGAAAUAAAAUAACAAAACUUGAUCAUUAUGGUUGGGAAUUUGCAACUGAAGUUUACUUAAGAAAUAAUCCUCUGAAAAAGAUUAGCAUCCAAGCAUUCUACCACAUGUUCAGUUUGGAAAUCCUGGAUUUAGGUCACAAUAAAAUCAAAGAAAUUGUACCAGGUACCUUUAAGCAUUUGAAAAAUCUGACAACUCUCCUUCUCUCUGAUAAUGACUUUGGCUCAAAUACAGAUUUUGGAAGGGUCUUUAAUCCUUUACUUCAGUUAAAACAUUUGGACCUGUCAGCAAAUGCCUUAACAGUAUUGAAUAAUGCUAGUUUGAAAAAAAACCCAAAUUUGAAAAGUAUCUAUUUGACAUUUAAUAACCUAACAAAAAUCUCACCAGCGAUGUUUUCAGCCAUAGCAAAACUAGAACGAAUAGAUUUUUCAUUGAACCCCUAUGUGUGUGACUGUAGUCUUCUCCCACUCAGAGACUGGUUGCGCAAGACUUCGGCAGAACUUCACAAUGUCCAUGUUAAACGUGCUUAUGCAUGUAAUAACCCACCUUCCAGAAAGGGAAUCAACAUAUGGGAUUUUGAAGUGGAAAAUUUCGAAUGCCACAAAAAUUUGUUAUAUCUAAUAAUAUUUGGAUCGUUUACUAUUUUUGUGGUGGUCAGCAUAACUAUUUUGGCGAUAGCAAGGUACAUCCAUGAAAAAUGUAAACAAAGAAGGAUAGCCAAAAAUUUCAAGAUGCUAAAUCGAUAUACAAUAGACUGGGUUCAAUCAAGGGAUCAGAUUAAUCCCCUAUUGACUGAAAACUUAAAGAAGAAAUCACCUUCGGUUUGCAAAGAGGAACAACCAAAGCUAAAAGACAAGCUGCCACAAGAGAAUCCCACAGAGGCUGAACAAGUCAAAAAAGAAAAUGGCAAAGAGAAUAUUUAUGUGAAUUGUCAAGAAUUACAGCAGAUGAGACAAAAUAUGCAAAGUAAGAUCAAUCGACGAGCAAUGACACCAGAUCCAUAUUCUGGAACGAAAUAUAACUCGAAUGUUCACAACCAUCGACGUCACAGCUUUGCUGGAAAUAAUGGUGAAAACUAUGAACGUUCAUGGCAAUAUGGACGUAGAGCACAUGGAAUUCCAGAUGACCGAAGCCUAACACAGUGGAGGAAUCAAAACCAAAACAGGUCGUCAGCAUCAAUGUAUCAUAUAUAUCCAGAUUUUGGCUAUAGUACUCUUCCUACCAGGUAUCCUACUUAUGUAGACUCUUGGCCAAACAGAUACUCCAAAAAGAUCAGUGACUCUGUUCUUGUACAUAGACCUUAUCAAGGUUACCAGUAUCUUCAACAAUAUCCUUACUAUUUGCCUCAGUAUAACCGACAUUUAGCCAGAAGCCACUUGAGACGUAAUGUUCCAAUGAGAAGAAGUGCAACAGCACAAUGGUUGUAGAUGAAGAAUGAGAGCUCUGGGUUUUAAUGCUAACCGUAAUAAAAAUUAUAAAGAAUUUAGUUCACCUUUUUCAUACCAACCUGCCUCAAACUGCUUCUGGUUUUGUCAACGAUAAAUCAAUAUUUUAAAAUUCAUAUUUCAAUUAGAAUUGAUUGCCACGAUUUUACUGAAGAAUCUUAAUGUCAAGUUAUGUCCCAAACACUGGUUUAAUAUAGUGUAGUGAAACCUCUCUCUCGGGCAUUCAAUCACAAAUGAUAACGAAGCGGCUAACAUCUAGCCUUCGGCUGCCUUGGACCCUUGUGUCCACCACCCUGAUUGGUUCUCAUUUGCGCUGCAAUCAUCACCAGUUCUGUUUCGUGCCAGGGUGCAUACAGUCCAAUCGUGGUCUUCUAAUAAGGUCACGUGAGAGAGUUUUUUCUGCCUGUUUUCUGGAGUCCCCUGUUCGUCUAUAAAUAAGCUUGUUUGAACUCGCCAGUCGUCGUGAUUUCAGUCCUCUCACAGCUCUGGUCGCUGACCACAUACAGAACACAGCUCCAGCCAGUUUCCAGUGACGACGUCUUCACCACCAAUGUACUAUCUACCACAAUGUCGUCGCCAGCAACACCACUACCAGAGUACAAACCACCAUCAACAAAUAAAGAAAAUUGUCAAUAACAACUCACUGCCAAUGUU